GGUGCCCUGGAAGCUGACGCGCAGCACUGGCCGUGGCCGUGGGGCCCGCGGAGGGCGGCGCGCGGCUGAUGAAACCGGCUCGGAUUCCGCCCGCGUGCGCCAUCCCCUCAGCUAGCAGGUGUGAGAGGCUUUCUACCCGCGGUCUCCACACAGCUCAACAUCUUGCCGCCUCCUCCGAGCCUGAAGCUACCGUGGACUCUGCUGUGGCGUCUUGGCCCCCAGGUGCGGAUCCUCCCCAGUGAGAAGUCCCACGAGUCUUACAGCAGAUUCGCUCAGCACAAUGGGCUGCAAAAACCUGCUCGGUCUGGGCCAGCAGAUGCUGCGCCGGAAGGUGGUGGACUGCAGCCGGGAGGAGAGCCGGCUGUCCCGCUGCCUCAACACCUAUGACCUGGUAGCUCUUGGGGUGGGCAGCACCUUGGGCGCUGGUGUCUAUGUCCUAGCCGGUGCCGUGGCCCGUGAAAAUGCUGGCCCUGCCAUCGUCAUCUCCUUCUUGAUUGCUGCUCUCGCCUCCGUGCUGGCCGGCCUGUGCUACGGCGAGUUUGGUGCCCGUGUCCCCAAGACGGGCUCAGCCUACCUCUACAGCUACGUGACGGUGGGGGAGCUUUGGGCCUUCAUCACUGGCUGGAACCUGAUUCUCUCCUACAUCAUCGGUACUUCAAGCGUGGCAAGAGCCUGGAGUGCGACUUUUGACGAGCUGAUAGGCAAGCCCAUCGGAGAGUUCUCACGUCAGCACAUGGCCCUGAAUGCUCCUGGGGUGCUGGCCCAAACCCCGGACAUAUUUGCUGUGAUUAUAAUUAUCAUCUUAACAGGACUGUUAACUCUUGGCGUGAAGGAGUCAGCCAUGGUCAACAAAAUUUUCACCUGUAUCAAUGUCCUGGUCUUGUGCUUCAUCGUGGUGUCCGGGUUCGUGAAAGGCUCCAUUAAAAACUGGCAGCUCACGGAGAAAAAUUUCUCCUGUAACAACAACGACACAAACGUGAAAUACGGUGAGGGAGGGUUUAUGCCCUUUGGAUUCUCUGGUGUCCUGUCAGGGGCAGCGACCUGCUUUUAUGCCUUCGUGGGCUUUGACUGCAUCGCCACCACAGGGGAAGAAGUCAAGAACCCCCAGAAGGCCAUUCCUGUGGGCAUCGUGGCGUCCCUCCUCAUUUGCUUCAUAGCGUACUUUGGCGUGUCCGCCGCUCUCACGCUCAUGAUGCCUUACUUCUGCCUGGACAUCGACAGCCCGCUGCCUGGUGCCUUCAAGCACCAGGGCUGGGAAGAAGCUAAGUACGCAGUGGCCAUUGGCUCUCUCUGCGCACUUUCCACCAGUCUCCUAGGCUCCAUGUUUCCCAUGCCCCGAGUUAUCUAUGCCAUGGCUGAAGAUGGACUACUGUUUAAAUUUUUGGCCAAAAUCAACAAUAGGACCAAAACACCCGUAAUCGCCACUGUGACCUCAGGCGCCAUUGCUGCUGUGAUGGCCUUCCUCUUUGAACUGAAGGACCUGGUGGACCUCAUGUCCAUUGGCACUCUCCUGGCUUACUCUUUGGUGGCUGCCUGUGUUUUGGUCUUACGGUACCAGCCAGAACAACCUAAUCUGGUAUACCAGAUGGCCAGAACCACCGAGGAGCUAGAUCGAGUAGAUCAGAAUGAGCUGGUCAGUGCCAGUGAAUCACAGACAGGCUUUUUACCGGUAGCCGAGAAGUUUUCUCUGAAAUCCAUCCUCUCACCCAAGAACGUGGAGCCCUCCAAAUUCUCAGGGCUAAUUGUGAACAUUUCAGCCGGCCUCCUAGCCGCUCUUAUCAUCACCGUGUGCAUUGUGGCCGUGCUUGGAAGAGAGGCCCUGGCCGAAGGGACACUGUGGGCAGUCUUUGUAAUGACAGGGUCAGUCCUCCUCUGCAUGCUGGUGACAGGCAUCAUCUGGAGACAGCCUGAGAGCAAGACCAAGCUCUCAUUUAAGGUACCCUUUGUCCCCGUACUUCCUGUCUUGAGCAUCUUCGUGAACAUCUAUCUCAUGAUGCAGCUGGACCAGGGCACGUGGGUCCGGUUUGCAGUGUGGAUGCUGAUAGGUUUCACCAUCUAUUUCGGUUAUGGGAUCUGGCACAGUGAGGAAGCGUCCCUGGCUGCUGGCCAGGCAAAGACUCCUGACAGCAACUUGGACCAGUGCAAAUGACGUGCAGCCCCACCCACCAGGGUGACAGCGGUUGACGGGUGCCCGUAGAAGCCUGGGACCCUCACAAUCUCUCCACUCAUGCCUCAGGAUCAGCUCACACCCCCAAUGUCACCAAAGCUGGUUUGCUGCCAGCUCGUGAGAUCCUGGUCAUUUCUGGACAGUCCCUUGGUUUACUCAUCUCCCUCUGAACAAAGAAAGCAGCCCUUCUCCUUGCCGGCCGGCCGGGCGCUUCGCUGCUGCGGCCCCAGCAGAAGGGAGGCCCCCUUCUCCUCUCACUUGGGAAGCAGGCCUCCCUCCCUCCCUGGGACCACCCUGGCAUCGCCCAUGUGCACACUCCAGAUGGCUAGUGAGCCUCUCCCUGUCAGCCCAGGACAGUCUCCUGACCACAAGAUGCAAGACUAUCCCAGCGAGGAAGCAUGUGCCCCAACAGUGCUGCCCGACAGCCCAUCAACUACAGAAUACCUAAAGAGGAGGAACAGGCCCACAUCUUACUGCUUUCUGGCUGGGGUGGUAGGAUGGGGUCCCGGGUCUGCACAGAAGCAUCUGUGCAGAACACAGCACGGUGUGAGCCGUUCAGGUGUGAGCCGCUCAUCUCGAGCACAGAAGACGGGAGAUCCCUGGAGUGACCAGUAGUGUCGAGAUGAGACGGCCAGCUCAGCCCGCGUGGACUAGGGUGACAUUCUCUGGUCUCAUUCCUAGCAGGCCUGGGUUGGCUUUUGCUGCUCUUGGCGCCUUGUCCCCACUGUCCUGAGUCACUGGAACACAAGGCUGUAUCCGUAGGGUUAUUUCAUUCUCUCGGGUCUUCUAAAGUUCUUCAGACAGGUGGCACUCAAUGUGGGGUGGUGACGCCUUUCUGGCCACUGACGUGAUCUGUGUGGCCUUUUACAUCUAAGGAGUACUGCGGAGUCCUCCCCCUGCUGCUUGCUGUGAAUCACUCCACUGGAUUAACUUGGGGCUUAAUGUUACCUUGGAAGAUAGCCAAAUCAUUACCGACUGCCAUAUCAGCUUGCGGUUCAAGAUGUGUGGCCUGCGCAGGAGAUGGCUUGGGGUCCUAUUGCUAUUCCUCUUGUAGCUGUGGUGCCUUUGCCUGCUGCUGGUGAGAUUUCCACCCUGGCCUGGACCUUAUUCCCCUUCAUUUCCCCUCCCCCACCCCACGCUCCAUAUCUCUCGGGGUGUGGCCUGAGGGCUGACACCUCUUCAUUUACUCUUUGUAGAUAGAAACUGCUUGAGAGUGCUGGUGGAUUCUCAGAACCAGCAGGGUGCCCUUCCCCCACCCCACAUCCCCCUUCCACCAUAUUGGGGUGGCGAAGCCUAGUGUCUUAGUCUAAUGUUAAUGCUGUUUAUAAAGCCAAGCUUUCUUUUCUGUCUGGCUUUUGACCCAAGUCUGGUGGAAACAGGCUGAGUAGGUAGACUGAUGGCCCUGUCUUUCCUCUGCUUUGGAAGAUUCUUGAGAAUGGAAGAGUUAGUGGGGCUGGACAGGCGUGUAGCCUAGUGGUAGCACACUUCCCCAGCCUACACAGGGCCUCAGCUUCCACCCCCAGCACUACGUAUGGAAAAUUAGGGAGAUUAGAGAAACCACCUAAUUGCUGGGUCAGCCAGUGGAGGACAGCUGAGCAUCCAAGAGCCAGGCCCUGACCACCGUCCAGGCACUUUGUCUCCUAGGCUGCCUGAAAACACUGCAAAGGGAGUAUUAUAAGACCCUACAUGUUGAGUUUCUAAAGGUAUUUAAAGUUAUGUAGAUUGGUGCUGUAAAAUAUUUUGAUAAAUAUUAACUUAUUUUAUUCGGGUCUUGAUUACCUAUUGUCUUCUUAGGGUCUGUUAAGUAUCUGUCUGGGUUUUUUUUUUCCUUGUUACUUGAGAGAGAGAGAGAGAGAGAGAGAGAGAGAGAGAGAGAGAGAGGGCCCAGUGAGGUGUUGGAAGAAUCUUUUAAAGUUUAGUGUCUUUGGCUUCUUUUUUGAGACAAGGUUUCACACUCUAGCUGGCCUGGAAUAGGAUUAUCGUUGCCCAGUGUGGCCUCUGCCUCAGGCUCCCGAGUGCUAAGAGCAUAGGCGUGAGCCUCCGCUCCUCCUGCUGAACUGUCUCUUGCUUUCUGGGUAAAACCUCCCUGUCUAAGGCAGCCUAACCAUGUGUUUACAGUUGACGUUUCAGCCAGCAGCUUGUAUCCCACCAAGGGGAAAGGUGUGUAUCUAGGGGUUUGAUCUGUCACCAUCCCUCCUGAGGACCGCAAGCAACGGUCUAUAUAUACAUCUGUUCUAUAUGUUUCCCUGUGCGACACAGGAGCAAACACAGGCCCUGGCGGGGUGGGGUGGGGUCGGGGGGGGGGGCAUCCUGAACCCACUUCCUAGUCAGGAAAAGAUGCUUGAAGGCGGUGUGCCUAGUUAGUUGAUUGGCCACUGAGCUCUUACUAAGAGUGGACACUUUUGGGGGUACACAGGAACAAUGAUGUAUAUAGUUAUGCCUGGAGCGAGCCUCUAAUGUGCUUUUUAUUAUGCCCCCAGUUCCUUCUGAAAGGAAAACACAAGCCCCAAACCCAAACAACACACACACACACACACACACACACACACACACACACACACACACACACACACAUCCCUCCAGACCAACAGCAGGUGGUAUCCCGUCUCCUAGCCUCCUGCCCAAAGAAGAGUCCCAUUGGGUUUCAAAGCAUGGCCAGCAUUUCCUACCUAGCUGGAACUUAGACAUUCUAAAGACACAUUCCCAUGCCUUGUUUACCUGCAGCUAGUAUAUUCACAUUGAAAAGACCCAUUUUUCCAGGAGCCUGUGCUCUUCCUGUCUCUGGGUCUAAGUUCAUGAAGAAGCCAAUACCCAGGAGUGGGGCACAAGAUGUCUCCACCUUUCAGAAGGUGGCCCUGGUCAUGGUGGUAGUGGUAGGUGGUGUCUAUAGAGACAUUAACCCUCCCACCCCACACCCCCGUGUAUAUUUGUGGAAGGGUGGGUGCACACCUAGGCCCAUCCCCCAUCCCUGCCCAUCUCCUACAGCCAGGCCUUUGUGGAUUUAUUUUGCAAACAAAGAAAAAAUGAGAGUCUGACCCGGGCAGUUUCUGGAAGAUUGCUGGCUUUAUUCUGUUUUCAGUUGUUCACAGUUUGGUUUUACAGUAUGCAAAUUCUGCCUGUCAUCUGAUAUCCCCUCUGCUGGUGACUUGACUUGGGAACCACAUACCAAGCACCUGCCUGAGGCUUGAUGGUCAGAAGUGUCUGCAGGUUUCUCCACCUGCCCCUAGCAGCCAAGGGUUGGACAUACCCCACCCCCAGCCCCAACUCCUGAGCACAUCUGGUACAGCCGGUGUGUGCACAGCUAAGGGAAUAUGUACCCUGCUCCACCUGUCUACUGCCUGAUGCUCUCAUGCAUAGGGCUGGGAUUACCAGUGGCCGUGUUUGUACCUUGGCCCUAACCCCACACAGACAUUCUGAAUUUCGGAGUGUUCAUAGUCUCCUCUAGCAAGGAACUUGCCCAGCACUGGGUAGAAGCUUGGCAACAGCAGUGUGAGAGACCGGGUUCCUAGGAUAAGCGUGGACACGCCCCACGGGCUCACUCAUGUCUACUGGCAAAGCCAUGGCCACUGCUGAUCUGUGUACCUCCCUGCAAUGGAAACAUGGCUGGCUUCCGCCAGGGCCCAUCCUUUCUGACUUGAGCAUCUUAUGUCCCCACAGAUAGUUAUUUCAUCCUAAUAAAAGCUUACUGUUUUGUUGGCUCCCAAGCAUUAAGGAAUCUUAAGUGGGGAAUCUAAGUGCCAGGGUGCCCACCCCUUGGGGUGUUGGUGGGUGAUGCAAACAGGGAUGUUUGAGUCCAGGUAUGGUUGGGCUAGCGAAGGGAGUGGCCAGACAGAGAAUACAUGGCCCAUGGAACUGUUAGAGAACUCAGAGUCAGCGCUGAAUGUAUGUCAUGUUAUAUAAUUCAAACCGCGUCUGUUUGCCUUCAUCAUGAGAGGAUUGUACAUAAGGUUCCUGGGGGGAGAGCGAGUGGUCCGUUUCUUUAGGCUUGUUUUGGUUUGCGAAAUACUUUGAUUGUCACAGUGGUGCAAGUGAAACGUGCUACACUCCAAUGUGGUUAGGAUGAAAAUUUUAGGGCAAAAAUAAAUAAAUAAAAAUUAAAAAAAAAAUCUACCAGCUGGUUUUCACCUCCGUUACGCUCGCCUGGUCUUUCUGUGUCCACUGCUCCACUGAGCCGGGGAAUAUGGUGUAGCCAAAGGUCUUGAGACACGGUGAUGACCAAGGAGCCUUCCUGGACCAUCCUGUUACACGUGCUGAAUGGCUGGCUCAAAAGCCCAGGAGAGACGAAAGUCCAUGUCCAAAGAUGUUCUCAGGGCGCUGGCACGUCCAGCAGUGUCAGGAAGCAAGGUUUAGGAAGCUACAUCAUGCACGCUAGUUUAUUGAUAAGUGUCACCUUUCGUGCUCUGACAAGCUUUUUGAGUUUGGAACUUAUUUUCCAAUUUGAGAAGUUAUAAUAUAUCUUUGUAUUUAAGAUAUUUACUGCUUUGUUUGUGCCUUGAAGCUUCGAUGGGUUUAAGGAUCACAGAGGGGCCAGGAUACUAACGAGGGCUGGUUUAUUUGCAAACCUGAAUACUUGUGUUGUGGUUUCUCCAGGACAAUUUUUUUAUUAUUAUUUCUACUGAACAUGGAGCCAUUAUUAAAAAGAGUUAUGUGUGGUUUUUCAUUAUGUAAAUUGUAUAUAUAUUUUUUUGCUUGUUUGAGGUUCUAUUUUUCUAAUAGUCUUCUUACAGUUUCUUAUAAUGAUGACAUUAGAUUAAGUCCGAUACUAACUGUAAAUCAAGCUGGUUUCUGCUGGAUUCCCGUGGAUUAAUUCUAUUUUAUUUUAAGGCCAAGUGCAGGUGUCAUCCACCACCCUUUUGAAAAAAAAUGUGAAAUUUAUGUUUCCCCUCGUUGCUGAAUACAUUGUACACUGGCAAGACCCCUCCCAUACUUAUGUGUUGUAAAAUCAAAGCUGUUUUGUGGUACAUUGUGUCAUGCUCCUGCAGACGCUAAUAAACCCUGUCUGGCUUCCACAA